AUCUCCAAAGUGACCCCGAACCAGAACCAGAAAGCUCAGAGUCAUACCAGCAGAAAACAAAAGAUGCGAGUAACGAAAAGGGUACUGUGGAUAUUCUUGGCCAAAGUAAAUCCCCAACCAAAUCAGCAAAAUUCCUUAAAAGCCAAGUUAAUUAUUGUUUUGUAUGUGGAAAACCUCAAACAAAAUUUGCACGUCAUCUCGAGAGGCAUGUAAAUGAAAAUGCUGAAAUCGCACAGGCACUCCAGUUCCCCAAAUCAUCAAAGGACAGAAAGGUUCUUCUUGAGAAAUUCCGAAACCUUGGCAACUUCAAGCACAACUCAAUUGUUAAAACCACAGGAUCAGGCUGUCUUAAAGUGAAAAGGAGUUCCAAACAGAGCAGCAGCCCUGAGACGUAUGAUUACUGCUUGUACUGUAAGGGUAUGUUAUCCAGAAAAUAACUUUCUCGACAUAUGAAAAGAUGUGCUCUCAGACCAGAGAAUAAUGUUGAAGAGGGGCCUGAGUUGAGAGAGAGAGUCUUUGGUAUAGCAUCUGCUCAAUCCACAAUGUCCCAGCCAAUUUCAAGUGAACUUUGGUCAGUGCUGGGCAAAAUGCACAAGGAUAACGUGUCCACUGCAAUAAGGAAUGAUCAUUAUCUCAUGCAGUUUGCCCUGUCCCUCUUUAAUAAGCAUGGGAGUGACAGAUCAAAGCAUGAGUAUAUAAGACAGAAAGUAAGGGAACUUGGGAGAUUACUUGUGACUUUGCGCCACACAACAAGAAUCCAUAACAUGGAAGAGGCAAUAAAACCAGGCAACAACUUUAUUCUUACUAGUGCUGUCAGAGUUUCAGGUUUUGAUCACGAAAACAGCACAUUCAAAGCCCCAAGUUUGGCCCUGAAAAUUGGGCAUUCUCUCAGAAAGAUAAGUGACCUCAUUAUGUGUCGUGUUCUCAUGGAAGAGGACCAAGAGGUGAUCGAUUCCAUCAGGAGGUUUCAUACACUUCAUGAAACAAAGUGGUCUGAAUUAGUUUCCCAUUCUGCCUUAUCAAACCUGAGUGAGGCAAAAUACAACAAGAGCACCAGGCUUCCACUGGCCAAAGACGUUCAGAAGCUACAGUUAUAUCUUGGUCAGCAAGUGGAAUUGACUAAGGAGAAACUAGCCGAUGACCCAACAGCAGGCACUUAUGCAGCACUAGCAAAGGUGACCCUCUGUCGAGUCAUUUUGUUUAAUAGGAGGAGGGAAGGUGAAGUGGCACGGAUGACUGUAAAAAAUUUUGAAGAUCGUGACAUGUCCCAACUAAACGAUGACAUAAGCACUGGGCUUACAGAAGUUGAGAAGAGACUUUGCAAACAAUUCGCCAGAGUGGAACUGAGGGGGAAAAAAGGACGAAAGGUUGCUGUGAUCCUGACUUCUGAUAUGACUGCUAACCUGUCACUCCUCAUUAGUAAGAGGAAAGAGUAUGGAGUAACUGAAAACAACAAUUACCUCUUCGCUAUUCCUUGUAGUGAUGGUCACUACAGAGGGCAGUUUGGUCAAUUUGCAGAUGCUUGUGGAGCCGAAGAUCCUCAAAACCUCAGAUCAACUAACCUUCGCAAACAGAUUGCCACAAUAAGCCAAGUCAUGAACUUGAAAAAUAAUGAACUGGGCCAGCUGGCCGAUUUUCUCGGCCAUGACAUUAGGGUGCAUAGGGAGUACUAUCGACUGCCCCAAUCAACAAUUCAGCUGGCUAAGAUCUCAAAGCUGCUUAUGGCUAUGGAGAAGGGAAGUGUGAAGGAUAUUCAAGGAAAAUCUCUGGACGAAAUUGGUGAUGACAUAGACGAUAUGGAUACCGGAUCACAGCAACUCCCUAAUGUUUCCACAUUGCAAGACAAUGAAGAAAUGUUGGCUUCUGUGACUUUUGGAUCGCCUCACCUCUCCGAGACUGCAGCUCAAGAUGACCAGGGGAACGCUGCCUGUGUAACUUCUGGUUCACCUCAUCUCCCUGACUCGGUUACUCAAGGUUUCCAUGUUUCAUCAAGGCGUAUAGUGUGA